AUGGACACCCAAAAACAAGUAAACUUCGGUAGUUCUUUGUUAGUACCUAGUGUUCUGGAAUUGGCCAAACAAUCGCCUGCAGAAGUCCCAGAUCGAUACAUACGCAGCGAUCAUGACUCGUUGACUACCCUCUCUGGUGUAUCUAUGACAGAUCAAACUAUACCUGUUAUCGAUUUGCAGAGUCUACUAUCUCCAGAACCCAUCAUUGGUGAGUUAGAAUUAGAGAGGCUUCACUCUGCUUGCAAAGAAUGGGGUUUCUUUCAGGUGGUAAACCAUGGAGUUGACAUUUUAUUGGUGGACAAAGUGAAAUCAGAAAUUGAAAGUUUUUUCAAUCUUCCAAUGGAUGAGAAAAAGAAAUUUUGGCAGGUGGAAGGAGAUUUGGAAGGAUUUGGACAAGCCUUUGUUCAUUCAGAAGACCAAAAACUUGAUUGGGCAGAUGUGUUUUUCAUUCUCACUCAACCCCAACGUAUGAGGAAGCCUAAGCUGUUCGUCAAACUCCCUCUACCUCUCAGGAAGACUAUUGAAUCUUAUUCAUUAGAGACGAAUAAACUAAGCAUGACCCUCCUUGAGUUGAUGGGAAAGGCUCUACAAAUAGAGAAUGGGGUCAUGGCAGAGUUGUUUGAAGGCGGGAGACAAACAAUGAGGAUGACUUAUUAUCCUCCUUGUCCUCAGCCCAAGCAUGUAAUCGGCUUAACAACACAUUCAGAUGCUGGCGGUGUGACGAUCCUCCUUCAACUCAACGCAGUGGAUGGAUUACAAAUUAGAAAAGAAAAGUUAUGGGUUCCUGUUAAACCUCUACCUAAUGCCUUUGUAGUGAACAUUGGGGAUAUUUUGGAGAUAAUGAGUAAUGGGAUUUACCGUAGCACAGAACUCCGAGCAACAGUAAACUUAACAAAGGAGAGGCUAUCAGUUGCAGCAUUUCUUAGCCCUAAAAAAGGUACGAAAAUAGGUCCGAUUCUUAGCAUGCUCACACCAGAGACACCUGCCUUGUUCAGAACAUCUGAUUAUGAGGAUUAUUUUCAGAAGCACUUUUCUCAUAAACUCGAUGGGAAAUUAUUUCUUAACUCCAUGAGGAUAGGAGAAAGUGAUGAAGGCAGUAAAAUAAUCGAAGUGUUUCCUUCUGCACUAGCCCAUCCUUGUCCUUGCUAA